GACGUUUAGAUUGUUCCGACAGCACGUGAAUGCAACAGCGUGCUUUUCAUAACACCGCGGUUGUGGCGGAGGAGUGUUGUCCGACACGUCGAAAGGAAAGGAGAGGAGCCAUGGCUGCACUUUUCAAGGCGAGGAAAGCUCUCGGCUUGUGCCUCAGCGGUUGCCGAGGUCUGUCUCAGUUAGCGGAGUUACCGGAGACUCAUCAGAUGCUGAGACAGACCUGCAGGGACUAUUCCGACAGAGAACUGAUCCCCAUCGCUGCCAAACUGGACAGAGAGCACACUUACCCUGCCAAACAGAUUACAGAGUUGGGGGCGAUGGGGGUGAUGGCCAUGGAGGUGCCAGAGGAGCUGGGUGGUGCUGGGAUGGACUACCUGGCGUACAGCCUGGCCGUGGAGGAGAUCAGCCGAGGCUGUGCCAGCACCGGCGUCGUGGUCUCUGUUAACAACUCGCUCUACAUCGGACCAAUAUUGAAGUUUGGCACGGAAGAACAGAAACAGCAGUGGAUCCCACCGUUCACGGCUGGAGAGAAGGUGGGCUGUUUCGCCCUCAGUGAGCCAGGUAACGGCAGCGACGCGGGUGCUGCCUCCACGGUGGCUCGUCAGGAGGGAGACGAGUGGGUGCUGAACGGAACCAAAGCCUGGAUCACCAACAGCUGGGACGCCUCGGCCACCGUCGUGUUCGCCACCACAGACAAGAAACUCAAACACAAGGGUAUCAGUGCGUUCCUGAUCCCCAUGCCCCACCCGGGGCUUUCCCUCGGGAAGAAGGAAGAUAAGUUGGGCAUCAGAGCCUCAUCCACUGCGAACAUCAUCCUGGAGGACUGCAGGAUCCCACUGGGCAACAUGCUGGGUCCUCGUGGCGCUGGAUUCAAGAUCGCCAUGCAAACGCUGGACAGCGGACGGAUCGGCAUCGCAGCCCAGGCUCUCGGUAUCGCUCAGGCUUCUCUGGACUGCGCCGCGGACUACGCGCACAAGCGCACGGCAUUCGGAUCUCCCAUCGGCAAGCUGCAGGCCAUACAGUUCAAACUGGCUGACAUGGCUGUGGCAGUGGAGAGUGCUCGCCUGCUCACCUGGAAGGCUGCACUUCUUCGGGAUUCAAAGAAACCCUUUACCAAGGAAGCAGCCAUGGCCAAACUAUCAGCGUCCGAAGCGGCCACGUUCUGCUCACAUCAGGCCAUCCAGGUUCUGGGUGGGAUGGGUUACGUGGCGGACAUGCCCGCCGAGAGGCACUACCGCGACGCUCGCAUCACCGAGAUCUACGAGGGCACCAGUGAGAUCCAGAGACUGGUCAUCGCAGGCCAGGUGCUGAAGGAAUACCAGUCAUAGACAAACUUCUGACGGCGGUAAAUCUCAGGUCUGGAAUCGGAUGAGAAGACCUAGACACGUGACCUCAUUCAUAAACAUUAGGAAGCCAGUGUGAUAUGUGAGAAUAGGUGCAACUUUUAUACUUCAUCAGUGUUCCAUCAGAGACGGACGACACAACAGAAUGUCAUAGGAGUUUGAGACGUGUCCGUUACCUCCGUUGUCUCAUGUUCAAGGGAAUUCAGGAAUACAUUUGAUAUGGCAAUCUGGAAGAUUUCAGACCGGGUGGAUUCGGUGACACCUGCAAGGUAACAGCAGUUUUGUGCUACAGCUCACAGAAUUCUGGAGGCACGGAAAUUCUAUUCUAUUCUAAUUCUAUAACUAUUUACAUUUCUGGCUGAGGAGUUGGGAGGUUGUGCGGCUCUUCAUCUAAUGCCUUGUUGACAUGAACUGUUGAAUGUGAAAAAGGCAGACAGGAAUGAUUAUCACAUCAGGGAGGAUCUCAAAGAUAAAUGCCAACGGCGACAACACGUCACGCGAAUAUUUGGCUCAAGUGGAAAUAUUUCCGCUCGAACGAGUGCCAUUCGCAUAGAAUGUCAGAAAAUGAACAAAAACACCAGUGUCUUUUUUUUGCAGACACACUGUUAACGCCGAGCGCUGAGCUCACUGACAAACUCGUUGUAUUGCUUGUGUCAACUCGUGUUUUGCCAGAUAAACACUUCUAGUGUAAGGCCACGGCAGUGAGAAGGUUCAGUUCCAUUAGCAGCAUAGAAAGGAAUGUCUCCACAGACACUCAGUUCAUCAUAGGGUAAAAUAUAUAAAUACCACAAUGUUUUCAUCACAGACUCAGUGACCAUUGUGUCGUGUCAUUUGACAUUUAUUUAAAUGAAAAUCUUCCAUGUUGCCACUUUAAAAAUGCUCUACGCGCAAUGCGUUGCCUCCGCUGCCUUAAAGGGGAUAUCAGUGCUUUUUCCUAGUUAAAGGUUCAGUUCACCCAAAUGUUCUGUUUUCUCAUGGAGCCAUACACACAGUUUUAUGUGCCUUCAUACGUCAUGUACCUCUGACACUGCUACUGCAACUCCAGUUAAAUGAUUUCAAAUCAUGUCAACAUGCGUCACGUUACUCCGGCAGGUUCUCUCCUGGAGGUUCUCUCCUGGAUUGUUUCUGGAGUAACAAAGGAACUGACUGACUGAGGGAGGCAGCUAACACAUGGUUCUAACGCGGUUUGUCGUGAAGUACAACCAACAGCUGGAAUCGAAUAACAGAUACAUAUUUUCAGAACCUGCCCAGUUGUUCCUGUUCCAGUUCCUCUAACGUUUCAUGUGCAGUGCUCCAAUGGCAGGAAUUAUUAUUAGCUAAUCACCAACUAUAACCCCAACUGUACUGUAGUUAUAGAUAUACACUAUCAUAGAUAUGGAGAAUGAAAAAGAAUUCAUGACGUUAUCCAGAGUCAAAGAAUUGUCCAUUAUCUAUUUCCUUGUCGGGCAUUACGGCCGCUCGUUCCAGGGCUUCCAACGUCAUCACACGGUCUCCCAUCAGUGUUUGGACCUGGCUGGGGAAAGAUCGAGGAGACCGCCCUCGAGACCACCUUUGAUUAGAGACGUGGUUAUGAUGUCCGCUCGUAUGUGAUCUACUGUCCACACUCGAGUUCGCUCCAGUCACUGAUGGAGACCACGACGUGUUCUUUUACUUUGUACCCGUGGCAACCUUUCUUCGGUAUCACAGUAAUAUAGUGAUGGUUGUCUCUGCGUACGCUGCAAACAGAAAUCUGCAGUGUUUUUUUUAUUAUCCACACCAGGCUUUUCAUCUCCACACUCCCACUGUACAUGAGUCAGAUGUACUGUUGUCGUCUCUGUUGUGCUGCUUCCCAUGAAUAGGUUUAACCACCAGAGGGCGACGCCGUGUCUCCAUGUCCCUUGCCCUAUUUUCAUCCAUCACUGAAAAAACAAUGAAAUUUAUUAUCCACAGUUCCGGACGGCUUUCUUUUUCACAGCAGUUUUUCUGAUUUACUCUGGUGGAUGGAAGUUAGAGCUCCUGUGAACUUUGUCUGCCAACGAUGGUUAAAGCGGUGAAUCAUCUGUGAAUCACGUCUGCUGAUUCCACAGAUCACAUCUGUGUACAUAUCUUAUUGUAAUUUAUUAUGUGAAAAUGGUAAUAAAAACACAAUUGCAACGCA